CUUAAAUUUGUGGAUGAAGCUAAGUUUCUUCGUUUCUUUACAACCGGGGCCUAUUCGUAACGACAUCAGCUCAAACUUGGUACUUCUCACCAAUGCCAAUAAUUUGAAACCAUUAAAUGAGCAAUUGCAGGCUAAUCGAAUUCUAAGGAGGUCUACAACAUGUGGAGGUGUUCCAAAAGGACAUUGUGCAGUUUAUGUAGGAGAGAGCCAGAAGAAGAGAUUCGUCGUGCCAAUAUCAUACCUGAGCGAGCCUUUAUUCCAAGAUUUGUUAGCUCAAGCUGAAGAAGAGUUUGGAUUUGAUCAUCCAAUGGGCGGUCUCACAAUACCUAUCAAAGAGGAUGUGUUCAUUGAUCUCACUUCCCGCUUGAGGAGAUCAUGAGUAGGACCGUGGUGCAAAUUCUUUUGCCUAUGAAAUUUUGUAAAGUAGGACUAGAGAUGAGAAAGAGGAGAUUGUAGAGUUCAUUGUAUAGUUCAGAACCACAAGAACCUUUGGAGGGAACAUUUCCCAUGUAAAAUUAUGACUAGCAGAAAUUCUAAUUCUUUCAGUCUUUCAGUUUUUA